GCAAGAAGAUGGCAUUUGUAUCAGUUGAUAUGCCGUGGAGCUUAGGUUGGGGUUUGGUGGGUGUGUUAUUUUUGGUACGGGCCCUGAGCGCCUUGCACUGGGUGUGGUGGAGACCGAGGCGUCUGGAGCGCGCUCUUCGUGCCCAGGGGCUGGAGGGCACCCGGUACCGGUUCCCCCAUGGGGACGUGAAGGACUACGAUCGUCUCGACCAGGAGGCUCGGUCCAAGCCCAUGUCCUUCUCUCACCAAAUCAUCCCUCGAGUCCUUCCAUACCUCCACCAAACCAUCAAGAAAAAUGGUAAAACGUCAUUCACUUGGUUCGGGCCUGAGCCGAGAGUAAUCAUGAUGGAUCCGGGGCUGACAAGAGAAAUUCUGUCCAACAAGUUUGGUCACUUUGAGAAGCCAAACUUAAAUCCUCUAGGGAGGUUAUUGGUUACCGGACUCGCAAUUUAUGAAGGUGAAAAAUGGGCCAAACAUAGGAGGAUCAUCAAUCCUGCUUUCCAUUUGGAGAAAUUAAAGUGCAUGAUGCCAGCCUUUUCUGCUUGCUGUGAUGAACUGAUAAAUAAAUGGGAUGGGCUUGUUGCUUCCAACGGAUCUUGUGAAUUGGACGUCUGGCCUGAAUUCCAAAGUUUCACUGCAGAUGUCAUCUCCCGCACGGCAUUUGGUAGCAACUUUAGAGAAGGGCAACGAAUAUUUCACCUCCAACAGGAGCAAGCUGGGCUUGCAAUACGAGCUCUUCAGAACAUAUACAUCCCUGGCUUCAGGUUUCUGCCCACCAAGAAGAACAAGAGAAUGAAAGAAAUUGAUAUAGAGAUUCGAACACUUCUCAUGAGAAUGAUUGAGCGGAGAGAGAUGGCUAUAAGAAAGGAAGGAACUAGCAAUGAUGAUUUGCUAAGCCUACUAAUGGAAUCAAAUUUUAGGCACUCGAAGGAAAAUGGAGGCUCCAAGAAUUCUGGAAUGAGUAUCGAAGAAGUGAUUCAGGAAUGCAAGCUAUUCUACUUUGCUGGGCAUGAGACAACAUCGGUUCUUCUCACAUGGACGCUGGUAGCACUAAGCAUGCAUCCUAGCUGGCAGGCGCGUGCAAGAGAAGAGGUCAAUGGGGUCUUUGGAAAAAAUAAGCCAGACUAUGAUGGCUUGAGUCGAUUAAAGAUUGUGACGAUGGUUCUGUAUGAAGUUCUUAGAUUAUAUCCACCAGCAGUUUUGCUCAUGAGGAAAACUUACAAGGAAAUGAAAUUAGGACAGAUCACCUUCCCAGAAGGAGUGCAACUCUUGCUCCCUAUAAUCUUCAUACAUCAUGAUCCAGAAUUUUGGGGUGAAGACGCUUCGGAAUUCAAUCCCGAGAGAUUUGCUGACGGAGUUUCAAAGGCAUCGAAGAUUCAAGGCGCCUUCUUUCCAUUUGGUGGGGGUCCUCGAAUCUGCAUUGGUCAGAGCUUUGCCGUGAUAGAAGCAAAGAUGGCUUUGGCUAGGAUUCUUCAACAUUUCACAUUCGAAAUUUCACCAUCCUAUGCCCAUGCUCCUUAUACUGUAGCAACUCUUCAUCCCCAACAUGGUGCUCAAAUCAUCUUACACAAGCACUAAGAGCAUCUUGUGGUUAAUAUCACACUUAGUAUUACCGAUAUCAUUAUCAUCAGCAUCAAUACUGUCAAAGAUCCUUGGUUUUAUCAUGAGUUUCAGAAGGUGUACAAUCCAUUUGAAGUGCUGUUUUCGCGAAUCCUAAGGAGUUGGCUGCACUAAAGCCCCAUAUAUAUUUGAGCCUAGGAUUUAUAGCUACAUUUGAUUUAUAGCACAAAAAUUCAGUAAAUGUCUGGCUGUCAAGACAUGGCAAUUUUAUUCAAGUGGUCAAGAAGCUUGUCUUCGCAUUAUCUCGACGUUAAACAAAUUUUAACUGUUAUGAUUUGGUUGUUGAUUAGUCUUUGAAAGUGGAAUGUUAUGUUCAG